GGCAGGAGAGAGGUGGCCGUGGGCCGAGCUGAGUAGGGAGAAGGCGACCAGACUUGCUCGCAGAGGGCGAGCCAGUGCCUGCCGUGGGGCGGGGCGGGAGGGUGCGAAGCCGGGAGCCUGGGAGCAGCUCAGCGGCCCGGGAGAGCGGCCGCCCACCGGAGACCGCAGCCGCCUGCCCUCCACUCUGGGAUGUCGGAGCGAUCCAAGCAUCCAGGACGCUGACGGAGCGAGCCCGAGGAUGGGACGGCGCCCGCAGCUCCGGCUCGUGAAGGCCCUUCUCCUUCUGGGGCUGAACUCCGUCUCCACCUCCCUCCAGGAUCAACACUGUGAGAAUCUGUCCCUGGCCAGCAAUGUCUCUGGCCUGCAGUGCAAUGCCUCCGUGGAUCUCAUUGGCACCUGCUGGCCCAGGAGCCCUGCCGGUCAGUUGGUGGUUCGACCUUGCCCUGCCUUUUUCUACGGUGUCCGCUACAACACCACAAACAAUGGCUACCGGGAAUGCCUGGCCAAUGGCAGCUGGGCAGCCCGUGUGAAUUAUUCUGAGUGCCAGGAGAUUCUCAACGAAGAGAAGAAGAGCAAAGUGCACUACCAUAUUGCCGUCAUCAUCAACUACCUGGGCCACUGCAUCUCCCUGGUGGCCCUCCUGGUGGCCUUUGUCCUCUUCCUGCGGCUCAGGUGAGAAGGCGUAGGCACUGCCUCAUGCCACCCCUGGGCCCUUGAGCGUACUCAGGGAGGUGGGAGCAUCCGGUGCCUGAGAAACAUCAUCCACUGGAACCUCAUCUCGGCUUUCAUCCUGCGCAACGCCACAUGGUUUGUGGUCCAGCUCACCAUGAGCCCUGAGGUCCACCAGAGCAACGUGGCCUGGUGCAGGUUGGUGACAGCUGCCUACAACUACUUCCAUGUAACCAACUUCUUCUGGAUGUUCGGUGAGGGCUGCUACCUGCACACAGCCAUUGUGCUCACAUACUCCACCGACCGUCUGCACAAGUGGAUGUUCAUCUGCAUCGGCUGGGGUGUGCCAUUCCCCAUCAUUGUGGCUUGGGCCAUUGGGAAGCUUUACUAUGACAACGAAAAGUGCUGGUUUGGCAAACGUCCUGGAGUAUACACUGACUACAUCUACCAGGGCCCCAUGAUCCUGGUCCUGCUGAUCAACUUUAUCUUUCUCUUCAACAUUGUCCGCAUCCUCAUGACCAAACUCCGGGCAUCCACCACAUCUGAGACUAUUCAGUACAGGAAGGCUGUGAAGGCCACUCUGGUGCUCCUGCCUCUCCUGGGCAUCACCUACAUGUUGUUCUUCGUCAACCCUGGAGAGGAUGAGGUCUCCAGGGUUGUCUUCAUCUAUUUCAACUCUUUCCUGGAGUCCUUUCAGGGCUUCUUCGUGUCUGUGUUCUACUGUUUUCUGAACAGUGAGGUCCGCUCUGCCAUCCGGAAGAGGUGGCGUCGGUGGCAGGACAAGCACUCUAUCAGAGCCCGAGUGGCCCGCGCCAUGUCCAUCCCCACCUCCCCCACCAGGGUCAGCUUUCACAGCAUCAAGCAAUCCACAGCGGUGUGAGCCUCAGGCCACAGGGCAGCUCCCAAGACCUGAGGUCGGGGAAAUGAUGCAAGCUCACUAGCAAGCCUGUCUGCAGAGGCAGGCAGCCUUCCCAUCCCUGUCCCUGGGCUGCAGACCUGAGAGCCCGCCCAGCCAUGGACAAUAGCACUGGACAAUAGCUCAUAGCACUGGGGUGGGCUCACGGCAUCUGGCUCUCUGCUGUCCAUUCUCACUGGAAAGUUGAAAUGGGCACUGGGGGCUAACCCUGCAGCAGUUUAAUGAGCUGUCUUCUCCCAGAGCAGCUCACUGAGGAUCUGUCGUCUUCAGCAGCUGUUGGGAGGACUCUUGUUACCCUGGGGCAUCAUGGGAAACUCUCUUCUGAAAGUGUAAAGCCUCUGAGUAUUAGCGAUGCCUUGAGAUGCUACCAAGAACCAACGCCACAUGGUCCAGUCAGGAGACCUGGAGAUAGCUUUAGAAAUCUGGAAAAGUCAUCAGACCGCAUUCCACCUCCCUAGAAGCCACUCCUGAGCCACCAGAACGUCAUCAGCAACAUGGCACUGCCACUGGAAAGCCCUGCCUUGCUGCUCUGCUGCCUUGCACCUUUAGAUGUUUACUAUUCUGCAGGCCAAUCCAGCUUUCUGUCACUUAGCCAAUGACAGCAACAGUCCCCUCACCCCCAAACCCUCACAUAUCUGGAUAUUGUCUAACCUGUGAGAAGAUGGGGGUCAGGAAGGGGACUUGAGUUGCCUAUGAGGGAGAACCAGAGUGGACCCAGCCUAUGAGGAAGGAGUGGCCCCUGGGUACCCAGGCCACUGGCUUCAGUAGCUGGCCUCUUGAACAUGCCCACAAGCUGGGUAAAGGGAGAAAGGGCCUCUCUACUCAAGUGCCCUGAAUGGUGACAGGUGGCUCCUGGGACAACUGACAAAGCCCUUGCUCCCAGGCUUGGAAGGGCCCAGUCCUCACUGGGUGGGAGGGCUGAGGAGCCACAGCAGGACUGAGGUGGGGGUGAUAUAAAUCAUAUUUAUCUUUUCAACUA